AUGUACCACUCAGCAGUGAGGGACACACGCGGAACAAACGCAGUGCCAACACGACAGCCGCCGGCAAGUGUUCGAAGUGAGAGCGCCCCGUACGCACGGGAUGCGCUAUACUACGAGGACGACGAAGACGAUCCGUUCAGUUACCCGGGAGACGAGAAAGAUGCGAACACCCGAUACCUCACCGAGCAGAUCCUGUAUAUUCGGGAUCUAGUUGGCGAAGCGUUGAGGGCGCCACCCCCUGAUGCACCGGGGAUGAAGAACUGGAAAGGCAUUUCAGUGACAGUCAAAUACGGAGGACAAGAUGAUGCGAAGCUGUUCGUACGCUUUGUGAAAGAUCUGCUCCGUGUCUUGUUCCUGAACAGAACGCUCGACGAAAGCGCGGUCGAGUACCAUGUACCGCUACUUGGUCAAUACCUUGAGGAGGAUGCACGCGACUGGUUCGACCGGACGAUCAAUGACAUCCGGGCGACUAACUACGGCUCCAUCCAGGCCGCAGCUGAGUUCGACCGACUGCGUUAUGACCGAAGGAGGGGAGUGGAAGCAAUGUACGAAGAAAUGAUGCAACUCUCCCGCGAGAUGCCGUGCCCUCCGGACAAAUACACGUUCAGUCACAAAUUGAUGAACAAGCUGCCAAGGGAGAUGUCUGACGCGCUCGUGCGUCACUACAACGUUCACGUCGGGGUAUCAAGCCCGGCCGAGAUCAAGCGGGCCGCCGUGCAGGAAGAAAACAAAAUGAUCGCGAUUUCGGAGCACCAGCGCGAGCGCUGGCCAUGCGAGAAUGCGCGUGACGACGCCAGGGCUCGAGGACACACCACCCCCAAUAUGGACGAUACCAGGGUUACAAAGAGGCCCAUCAGGAACAUAGACAACGUUCCCCGAGACGCGACGCGCCGUGCGAGCAUUGGGCACGACCGCGGCACGAACCCUACCGCCGCAACGAUGCACCCGAGAAAUCACGAGACAAGCCCCGGGAAGGGGACCGCGUCAGGCCAGGUGGAUACCGGCGGGAGGACCAACCCCCACAAGCCCGACUACGGCGUCAACCGUAACCGCGACGAGCAGAAGCCUGCAUAUGGCACGAAGCUAGAUGAAGUCGCGCCCUAG